AUGAGAGCACUUCUUUGGAAUUGCCGUGGCGUGGGGAAGCCCUCUUUUGCCCCGGCUUUCCGUAGGCUAGUGCAUCUGCACAAACCGGAGAUAUGUGUUCUGUUCGAGACCCGGUUAUCCGGGGUGAGUUUGCAGAAGGUAAGGAAGAUGCUUCCGAGAUCAUGGGGGUUCUAUGCUGUGGAAUCUCAGGGAUUGUCAGGAGGUAUUAUUGUGACUUGGUUACAGGGUGGUUGUAAAAUUGAUGUCUUUAAUGGUUGCAACCAAGAGGUGAUCAUAGUGAUCUCAGAGGAAGAUCGCAGUCCGUGGGUUCUUGCAGCUGUGUAUGCUAGUACAAGGUUCAUAGAACGGAGGACUUUAUGGGAGGAGGCAUCUCAGCUCAUCAGUCAGGGCUAUCCUAUGUUGGUGGCAGGGGAUUUUAAUUGUAUUGUUCAUCCCCAUGAAAAGAUGGGGGGGCGGGCUUUUACUUACAAAAGGGAGAUCAGGGAAUUUCAGGACUUCAUUAUGGAGAAUGGCUUGAUUGACUUGGGCUUUUCGGGGCCAAAGUUUACAUGGCGUAAUAACCAGCAGGGGCAGGCUCGGGUCUGGGAGAGAUUGGACAGAGUCUAUGCCACAGCCGGGUGGAUCCAGUGCUUCCCUGAGCAUCAUGUUCGUCACUUGCCACAGAUCGCAUCUGAUCACAGUCCUUUACUGGUUAGUACCGAUACACUUGUCUCUAGUCAUUCUCCUUUUAGAUUUGAGAAGUUCUGGUUAUGCUAUCCACAGUCUUGGGAGAUAGUGGAGGGAGGCAUGGAGUAUGCCGGUCAGAGGGGAUGCUAUGUACCGGGUGUCAUGCAGGUUGGAGUUAACAAAGAGAAGGCUAAGGAGAUGGAACCGUGA